ACAGUUUGUAGGUCGUCUGAGGAUGCCCGUGCUAAGCCCGUUGGAAUUUCGUGAUUGUGUUGUGGAUAGUCCAAACUUCAGAAAAGCUUUGUCAGACCAUGAGGCUGACUUAAAAACGGCGAACAGAAAAGUUAAAAAUGUAUUGGUGAACACCAGAAGAGUGUUUGAAGCUAUGGAGAAUUUGAAUCAAGCAUUUCUCGAUUAUGCUGAAUCAUUGAAUGACUUUUCCGCGUAUGCUCACGAAUCCACGUGUAUAUCACAGACAACAGAAAAUGAACUUUGUGAAACCGAUGAUGAUAGAACAAUUAAAAAUGCACUAUCUGUCUAUGCAACCAUCAUUAAGAAUGUUGAAGAAGCUAGACGGACAAUGAUUCAACCGAAUAAAGAAGUUGUUUUGAAUGAGCUUGCAGAGUUACGAUCUAUGUGGUUGGGUGGUCAAAAUACUAAUGCAAAAGUAUUUCAGAAAGAAACAAAGAAUUUCUGUCAAUAUCUUGAAAAAUAUACCUCAAUCAAAUCUAAAGAAUACACAGAAGAUAAUGAUGCAAAAAUGAUUCAAGAGCGUAAAAAUUAUAUCAGUAAAGCAUUUGAAUAUAUUUCGAAUAUAAAUGAAGCGCAUGAAUUGAAGAAAUCGAAAUUUGUACAGACAAUAAGCUUGGUAAUGCGAAUGUUGUCAAAUUUCUAUCAUCAAGCAUUUGAACAAUUCAAGGAUUCAUCACAUCAAAUUAGUCAAAUUCUACAAGCAGCACAACGUUCUAGUGAAAACUAUGAACAAAUCAGUGUAGAAACAAAAACGCUGACUGAGAAACUACUCAACACACCUUGGGAACAGAUACAGUCAACUAAUUCGACAAAUACACGUGAAGGAUAUGUCUUUGUAGCUACAAAAAAAGCUGUUGUAACAGUUUGGACAAAAAAUUUCUGUACAUACAAUCGUAACAGUAAGAUAUUAAAACUUACCCCGUACACUCAAUAUCAGGAUGCAGAUAAUAACACUGAAACAUUGAAUGUGUUAUCGUGUAGACGACGGUCGAAUGAUUCAAUUGAUCGACGCUGGUGUUUUGAUAUUGAAGUACCUAAGAGAAGUAGUCCAAUCACCCUACAGGCACAGUGUUUAGAUGAUCUACACGAAUGGCUAUUGGUAAUGGAUGGAAAAGAACCGAUUUACGAUGAUAGAAAAGUUUGUGUUCAAGAACCAGAUGCAAUUGAUAUAAAUGAAAAAAGUUAUGAAUUUUUGCGUAAUCUUAUUCAAGCCAUUGAAAAAAAUGGUAUUCAGACUGAAGGGAUAUACAGAACGUGUGGAGUGAAGUCUAAAGUCUCUGGACUAAUUAAACAAGCUUUGUCUUCGUCGGGCAUAUCGAAGACAACUUUGUUAAAUUAUGAAUUAUGCGUCCUGACUGGUGCGCUGAAACAUUUCAUUCGACAAUUGGAAACACCAAUUAUGACAUUUCAGCUACAUGAUUCAUUUAUGUCUGCAAUGAAACGUGAUCAUGCCUAUCGAUUAUCAGAACUUAGUGCAUUAUUGAAAUUGUUACCACCAGAAAAUCAAAAAAUUUUGGACUUACUCAUUGGACAUUUAUCAAGAGUUGCCUCGAACAGUCAUUUAAAUCAUAUGAAUCCAAGUAAUUUGGGCAUUGUAUUCGCACCAUCAUUAUUUCGUUCACGUGAAGAAUCUGUCGCAGCGAUAAUGUCCACGAAAUUUGCUUCCACUGCUGUUGAAUUGAUGAUUAUCAACUAUUCAAGUCUAUUUCCUAUUCAUUCGUCUAAGAUAUUAGCACCAGUGCAUAAUUCAACUUCAUCAGAGACUACACCGAAUGGAACAUCUACUGAUACUAUUACUACUCCUGCUGAAUAUACUACUAAUAACUAUUGUCCUGUGAGUAGUAUUAGUAGUAGUAGUGGUGGUGUGUUAACAACAAGUAGUCAAUGUAGCAGUCAUGCAAUGAUGAAUGGUGAAAAUAUCAUAGAACCUGUUUAUACUACUCCAGUUAUUGGUAACGGUCAUUUACCCAAUCAGUUACUGCAUAGAUCAGAAAACCUGUUCACUUCAUUCAUUCGUGAAAAAUACUCAUCUCAAACAUCUAUACAAUCGUUCCAGUCAUCAUCAUCCACGUUUACAUCCUCCUCCUUAUCCUCAACUAACCCAACAACCACAACAGCAACAACAAUCCCAACUCCAGCAACAACAACAACAACAACCAGAACAACAACAAACACAUUAACACAUUCAUCUUCAACGAAUAGUAGUUCAUCUAGUCUCCCGAUCGCAUUACAAAUCCUCCAUGAUGAUGAUGAUGAGAAUGGUGAUUAUGACUAUAUUUAUGAUAAUUGUCUUGAUCCUGAACAGCCCAUCAAUAAUCAACAACCAAAUAAACAGAAUUUAAUGAAUGGUAAAAUUGUAAAUCUUUCUACAUUUAUCCCGUCUACAACUGCUACUGCUAUUUCUACAAUUACAACUACUACUACCACUUCGCCAUCAUCUUUCUCUCAUGUUUUUCAGCAUUUAAUCGAUCCAUUACCACCGCCACCACCAAAACCGCGUACAUCAUUACGUUCAAGCGUAAAUCCUUCAGUUCAUUUGACUGUGACGCAAUCAUUUAAAAAACCGCCGCCACCUCCUCCACCAACCACAAUAGCUCCAUUUUCACCAUCUCAACAACCCAAACAAACCUGUAUAAAUGUGACUCCUCAUAAAAUGUCAGCAUCAUCAUCAUCAUCAAAACUUCCUUCAGCGCCUCAAAAAGCUUCCUCUACGCCUACUGUUACUCCUAUGACUGCUGCCGCUGCUGUUGUUGUUGUCGCCCCUUCUACUAAUAAUACCAUCUCUUCAUUAAAUCAUGAAAACUAUUCAUUAUCAUCAUUUCAAAGUAACCCGUCGUCUUUAGGUGAAUAUUUUGAUAAAGAAAAUGAUACUACUGAUGAUUCUUUGAGUUUGUUAGCUGAUGAAUUUAGUCGGUCAACUACAUCUUCUGCGAAUACUGAUCAUUGACACAUACACACAAUUGGUAAGUCUGUCCUUUAUCUCAGUAUUAUUUCUCUGUAUUUUUGGAAAUAUUUUUGUUAAUGUUGAAUAAGUAACUCGGACCAACAAAUUUGUAAUAGUUUAGUAUCAUUCAGACUGAAAUGUUAAGUGUGACUGACUGACUGACUGACUGACUGACUGACUGACUGACUGACUGACUGACUGACUGACUGACUGACUGACUGACUGACUGACUGACUGACUGACUGACUGACUGACUGACUGACUGGUUUCAAUGUAGGAUUUUGCACAAAUGUGCAGCAGUUCGAGUUCCCACUCUCGCUCCAUGUAGCACGUAAACCAACAGAAGAGAGUAAAGAGAGAUUCAAAAAAGAGAUAAUAAACACAAGUGUGAGGGAAAAGAAUCGUAAUAUCGAAGAACAAUAUAGUUUCAUUGGAUAUUAUAAAUCACAAAGAGUAGGUGUAUCUGCGCCAGCCAUUACUGAGAACGAUUUUGAGCCAUAUCAUCCACUCAAUGUCUCCAGCUAUCAUUGGUUUUUACCUUCCUGAGGACCUCAACCACGAAGUCUACACCUUCCUACAUGGGUGGCUGAUUUAAACUAACUGUUGUGAAUUUCAUUUACUAAUGAAGCCAUGUUUUGGUUUGAUCACCUUGUGCUAGCGCUUUUCCAACCUGAUCCAUCUUAUGUCAGUGGCUAACACUGCCCGUCGAGGAAGGGGAUCGAUGGCUAGACUACCAUGUGUAACACAUGUCCUAACCAUCUCAGUCGGUGUAACUUUACAGCGUCGUCGAUUGAUUUCUCCUCCUUACCUAGCACUCGACCGAUGUCUCACUUCAGUAUUACCCAUACUAUUAUAUCUACCACCUAACACACACGCGAGGUAGAACGCAGAUACGUAUGAUCAAAGGCAGCUAGCCAGGCUUUGUAUGUCUUCAACUUUCAAUGGCCAUGUCUCACUCACAGCCAGCCAUAAUGGAAGGUGGAGUGAACUGUUUAGCAGUACACACGACCUUUGGUGGACAACCAACCAGAUAUCACGUUUACUAAGCCAGAGACGGCGUAAACUGUCAUAUUUGUGCGUCGGUGGCACAGUGGUUAGGACUCUCACCAACCAUGCACAUGGUCCGAGGUUCGAUCCCCUGCCGACGCACACCUGAUAUCUAUGGUCGGCCUGCAAAAUUUAGGCUACCGAUAUCCAUGCUGAAAAUUCCAUACUUGUACCACAUAUACAGUGUGGAAUCAAGCUGUAAUC